AUGGCAUCUUUGGGGCUUCAAAUUUUGGGCAUCUCGCUUGCAUUGAUCGGAUGGUUGGGGGAUAUAAUUACGUGCAUCCUUCCUAUGUGGAGAGUGACAGCUUUUAUUGGCAAUAACAUUGUAACAGCUCAAAUCAUAUGGGAGGGUCUGUGGAUGGCUUGUGUGGUACAGAGCACAGGACAGAUGCAGUGUAAAACAUACGACUCCAUGCUGGCUUUGCCCCAGGACCUGCAGGCUGCACGCGCUUUAGUGGUCAUCUCAAUCUUGGUGUCUCUAUUUGGCAUCAUCUUGGCGGUUGUUGGAGGAAAAUGUACCACUUGUAUUGAGAACGAGAGCGCAAAAGCCAAAGUGGCUAUAUCUGCAGGAGUUUUCUUUAUUCUAGGUGGACUGCUCUGUCUCACUACCGUUUGCUGGUCCGCGCAUACAGUUAUCAGAGACUUUUACAAUCCUCUGUUGUCCGACGCCCAGCGAAGAGAGCUCGGUGCGUCUUUGUACAUUGGCUGGGGUGCAGCGGGUCUGAUUCUCAUCGGGGGAAUAAUUCUCUGCUGCCAGUGCCCACCGAAAGAAGACCGCCCGUAUGUCGCCAACUAUCCAGCUCCAAAGUCGACUGCCUCAGCAAAAGAAUUUGUCUGA